AUGAGUUCAGACCAGGAAAUGGCCAUUUUUGGGGCGGCAGCUCCGUACCUCCGAAAGUCUGAAAAGGAGCGCAUUGAGGCCCAGAACAGGCCCUUUGAUGCCAAGACAUCUGUCUUUGUGGCGGAGCCCAAAGAAUCCUUUGUGAAAGGGACCAUCCAGAGCAGAGAAGGAGGGAAAGCGACGGUGAAGACGGAAGCUGGAGCGACUCUGACAGUGAAAGAUGAUCAAGUCUUCCCCAUGAACCCUCCCAAGUACGACAAGAUCGAGGACAUGGCCAUGAUGACCCACCUGCACGAGCCCGCUGUGCUGUACAACCUCAAGGAGCGUUAUGCAGCCUGGAUGAUCUACACCUACUCCGGCCUCUUCUGCGUCACGGUCAACCCCUACAAGUGGCUGCCGGUGUACAAUGCAGAGGUGGUGACAGCCUACCGAGGCAAGAAGCGUCAGGAGGCCCCGCCCCACAUCUUCUCCAUCUCUGACAAUGCCUAUCAGUUCAUGCUGACGGAUCGGGAGAAUCAGUCCAUCUUAAUCACUGGAGAAUCUGGUGCGGGCAAGACUGUGAACACCAAGCGUGUCAUCCAGUACUUUGCAACAAUUGCAGUCACUGGGGACAAGAAGAAGGAGGAAAUUACUUCUGGCAAAAUACAGGGGACCCUUGAAGAUCAAAUCAUCAGCGCCAACCCUCUACUAGAGGCCUUUGGCAACGCCAAGACUGUGAGGAAUGACAACUCCUCUCGCUUUGGUAAAUUCAUCAGGAUCCACUUCGGUACCACGGGAAAACUGGCUUCUGCUGAUAUUGAAACAUAUCUUCUGGAGAAGUCUAGAGUUACUUUCCAGCUGAAGGCGGAAAGAAGCUACCACAUUUUCUAUCAGAUCAUGUCUAACAAGAAGCCAGAUCUAAUUGAAAUGCUCCUGAUCACCACCAACCCAUAUGACUAUGCCUUUGUCAGUCAAGGGGAGAUCACCGUCCCUAGCAUUGAUGACCAAGAAGAGCUGAUGGCCACAGAUAGUGCCAUUGACAUCCUGGGCUUCACUCCUGAAGAGAAAGUCUCCAUCUACAAGCUCACGGGGGCUGUGAUGCAUUAUGGGAACAUGAAGUUCAAGCAGAAGCAGCGUGAGGAGCAAGCCGAGCCAGACGGCACUGAAGUUGCUGACAAGGCGGCCUAUCUCCAGAGUCUGAACUCUCUGACCAAAGCUAAAAUCAAGCUUGAACAACAAGUAGAUGAUCUUGAAGGAUCCUUGGAACAAGAAAAGAAAAUCCGAAUGGAUCUAGAAAGAGCAAAAAGGAAACUAGAGGGAGACCUAAAAUUAGCUCAAGAAUCCACAAUGGAUGUUGAAAAUGACAAGCAGCAACUCGAUGAGAAACUCAAAAAGAAAGAGUUUGAAAUGAGCAAUCUGCAAAGCAAGAUUGAAGAUGAGCAGGCCCUCGCAAUGCAGCUACAGAAGAAGAUCAAGGAGUUACAGGCCCGCCUCGAGGAGCUGGAGGAGGAAAUCGAGGCAGAGCGGGCCUCCCGGGCCAAAGCAGAGAAGCAGCGCUCUGACCUCUCCCGGGAACUGGAAGAGAUCAGCGAGCGCCUGGAGGAAGCCGGCGGGGCCACCUCCGCCCAGAUCGAGAUGAACAAGAAGCGCGAGGCUGAGUUCCAGAAAAUGCGCAGGGACCUGGAGGAGGCCACCCUACAGCACGAAGCCACGGCGGCCACCCUGAGGAAGAAGCACGCGGACAGCGUGGCCGAGCUCGGGGAGCAGAUAGACAACUUGCAGAGGGUCAAGCAGAAGCUGGAGAAGGAGAAGAGCGAGCUGAAGAUGGAGAUCGAUGACCUCACCAGCAACAUGGAGACUGUCUCCAAAGCCAAGGGGAACCUUGAAAAGAUGUGUCGUACUCUAGAAGAUCAGGUGAGUGAACUUAAGACAAAGGAAGAGGAGCAGCAGCGGCUGAUCAAUGACCUGACGGCUCAGAGAGCGCGUCUGCAGACAGAAUCAGGUGAAUAUUCACGCCAGCUAGAUGAAAAGGACUCAUUAGUUUCUCAGCUCUCAAGGGGCAAACAAGCAUUCACACAACAGAUAGAGGAACUGAAAAGGCAGCUUGAGGAGGAAAUAAAGGCCAAGAGUGCUCUGGCCCAUGCCCUGCAAUCAGCCCGCCACGACUGUGACCUGCUGCGGGAACAGUAUGAGGAGGAGCAGGAGGGCAAGGCUGAGCUGCAGAGGGCAAUGUCCAAGGCCAACAGCGAGGUGGCCCAGUGGAGGACCAAAUACGAGACGGAUGCCAUCCAGCGCACGGAGGAGCUGGAGGAGGCCAAAAAGAAGCUGGCUCAACGUCUACAGGAUGCUGAGGAGCACGUAGAAGCUGUGAACGCCAAAUGUGCUUCCCUUGAAAAGACAAAGCAGCGGCUCCAGAAUGAGGUGGAGGACCUCAUGAUUGACGUGGAGAGAACCAACGCAGCCUGUGCCGCCCUGGACAAGAAGCAGAGGAACUUCGACAAGAUCCUGGCAGAAUGGAAACAGAAGUAUGAAGAAACUCAUGCUGAACUUGAAGCUUCCCAAAAGGAGUCCCGCUCCCUUAGCACAGAGCUGUUCAAGAUUAAGAAUGCUUAUGAGGAAUCUUUAGACCAACUUGAAACCUUGAAGCGGGAAAAUAAGAAUUUGCAACAGGAGAUUUCUGAUCUCACUGAGCAGAUUGCAGAAGGAGGGAAACGUAUCCAUGAACUGGAAAAGAUAAAGAAACAAGUGGAACAAGAGAAGUCUGAACUUCAGGCUGCUUUAGAGGAGGCAGAGGCAUCUCUUGAACAUGAAGAGGGAAAGAUCCUGCGCAUCCAGCUGGAGUUGAACCAGGUCAAGUCUGAGGUCGACAGGAAAAUUGCUGAGAAGGAUGAGGAAAUUGACCAGCUGAAGAGAAACCACAUCAGGGUCGUGGAGUCGAUGCAGAGCACCCUGGAUGCUGAGAUCAGGAGCAGGAAUGAUGCCAUCAGGCUCAAGAAGAAGAUGGAAGGAGACCUCAAUGAGAUGGAAAUCCAGCUGAACCAUGCCAACCGCAUGGCCGCAGAGGCCCUGAGGAACUACAGGAACACCCAAGGCAUCCUCAAAGACACCCAGAUCCACCUGGAUGACGCUCUCCGGGGCCAGGAGGACCUGAAGGAACAGCUGGCCAUGGUGGAGCGCAGAGCCAACCUGCUGCAGGCUGAGAUCGAGGAGCUGAGGGCCACUCUGGAGCAGACGGAGAGAAGCAGGAAAAUCGCAGAACAGGAGCUCCUGGACGCCAGUGAGCGUGUCCAGCUCCUGCACACCCAGAACACCAGCCUGAUCAACACCAAGAAGAAACUGGAAACAGACAUUUCCCAGAUCCAGGGAGAGAUGGAUGACAUUGUCCAGGAAGCCCGCAAUGCAGAGGAGAAGGCCAAGAAGGCCAUCACUGAUGCAGCCAUGAUGGCCGAGGAGCUGAAGAAGGAGCAGGACACCAGCGCCCACCUGGAGCGCAUGAAGAAGAACCUGGAGCAGACAGUGAAGGACCUGCAACAUCGUCUGGACGAGGCUGAGCAGCUGGCCCUGAAGGGCGGGAAGAAGCAGAUCCAGAAACUGGAGGCCAGGGUCCGUGAACUUGAAGGAGAAGUUGAAAGUGAACAGAAGCACAACGUUGAAACUGUCAAGAGUCUACGCAGACAUGAGAGGAGAGUGAAAGAACUCACUUACCAGACUGAGGAAGACCGCAAGAAUGUGCUCAGACUCCAAGAUCUGGUAGAUAAACUGCAAGCGAAGGUGAAAGCUUACAAGAGACAAGCUGAGGAAGCGGAGGAACAAUCCAACAUCAACCUCUCCAAAUUCCGUAAGCUCCAGCACGAGCUAGAGGAGGCUGAGGAACGGGCUGACAUUGCUGAGUCCCAGGUCAACAAGCUGCGGGUGAAGAGCCGGGAGGUCCACACAAAAAUCAUAAGUGAAGAGUAA